AUGGACCAGCCGUUGAGAGUGACCAUUGUGGGCGCUGGACUGGCCGGACUGCUGGCAGCACGGGUCCUACGCGAAAGACACACCGUUACCUUGGUUGAGAAAUUCAAGGGAGGACAUGAGGUCGGCGCCGCCAUCAACCUUGGCCCCAACGGCGUACGCAUCAUCGAACAGCUCGGGUUCAACCAGACCCGAUGCCAAUCAGUGAAAUGCGGUGAGACGCGCACCCUGAAUAAAGCGGGGGAGCUGAUCAGUACGGCGAGCAUGACGCAUCUCAAAGACACCUACGGGGCCGAGUGGAUCUUCCAGCAUCGCGCCGACCUCUGGAUCGAGUUCCUACGGCUGGCCGAGGGCCCCUCGGCCGAGCUGGGCGUUUCGGGCGAGCCCGCCAAGAUCCUCUGGGGCCAGGAGGUGGUCAAGGUCGACGUGGAGUCUGGGGAAGUUGUGCUUGCCAGUGGACAGACACUGGAGUCGGACCUGGUUGUCGGAGCCGACGGUAUCAAAUCCAUUGUACGGCCACUGGUCGUCGCUGAGGAAGCAUUCCGGACUGCCCGUCCGUCGGGCUCGUCGGCAUUCCGGUUCACGAUUCCUCGAAAGGUGUUGGAUGAGCAGCAACCAGGCCUCCGGGUCAUAGACCCGACGAAGCCAGGCGCUUUGGAGAUCCACCUGAGCAUGGAUGGCUCGACUCGAUCAGUGAUCAUGUACCCAUGUCGGGAGUACGAACUGCUGAACGUGGGCUGUAUCACGCCGGAUGCGGUGCUCCAGACGGCGACGACAGAGUCCUGGUCGGCCGAAGGAUCCAAAGAAGACCUGCUGCGAUGCUUUAGUGACUUCUCUCCCAGUGUUCUGAAGGUGCUCGACUCGGCGGAGUACAUCAAGGUGUGGCAGCUGCGCGACCAAGACCCUCUGCCUUCGUACCGGCGCGGGCGCGUGGUCCUGGUUGGUGAUGCGGCCCAUUCGAUGACUCCGCAUCAAGGCCAGGGAUGCAACCAGGCAAUCGAAGACGCCGAGGGCUUCCGUCUUUUCAACCAGCCAGGUGUUUCACGGGACAGUAUCUCUGACCUGCUCACGGACUUUGACCGGGUGCGACGCCCCCGUGCGUCCAAGAUCCAGAACUACACCCGCCAGGCGCACCACAAGGCUUCAGCCCAGGAUCUGUGGAAGUAUACCGACUAUAACUAUACGUACCCCGGUAUCCUGGAGUGUCUGCGGCGGUUGAACUUGGGUAAGGAAAUGAUACGCGCCCGUCAAUACCCCGACGGGCUACAUGCUUAA